AUAUAAUCAUCAUUUAGAUGAAGUAAUGAUACAUUUAAAAAAUAGUAGAAAAAAAGCAGUGCCAAAAGUACAAAGCAAAAUAGGAUAAUACAUCAAUGAUAAUCCUGAUGCCUAAUUGCGAGAUUUAUUAGAUCAAGAGGAGUUGUUGGAGUCCAAACAAAACAUCAAAUUUUUCGGUGAAUUGUAACAAUACAUUAUCGAAAUAGUGUUACAAAAUCUCCAGAACGCUUUUGGGAAAUGCUAGAAAUAAUUAAUCUCAGGCCCAAGGGGAAUGAAGAAGUCAUCCCUAACAAGUAAAUUUAAUAGUGAUCUCUAGAUAUCCUUUUCUAGUAAGUGAAAUUAUUGGAAGUAGAGAGGAUUAGAUAAUCAAUUAUUUUUUUGAUUAAAAGGGACCCGAGGAAUUUGAAUUCCUUAAUAUGCUUUUCAAAACAAUAGACAGAGAUUAUAUUGAUAACACACUUGCAGGGUAUGUGGCAAAAAUAUUAAAAGCAUUAAUUGAAAAAAGGGGAUUAUGCGUAAUUCUAUAAAAAAUAAUAUGUAGCUUUGGAAAUAUAUAUUAAACCCACAAAAAGAAAGUUAAUAUAUAUUAAAGGAUCUUAUUAAACUAUUAGAUGUUCAUCAAAUUGCAGAAAUAAUAUAUAACCUUAUUCGAUUAGAUGUAAUUAGAGAGGAAGGCUAAGAAGUUUAUAUUAAUCAAAGGUUAGAAUUACUCUCACGCAUUAUUGAUUAUUUAUAAUCAAAAAGUUAUAACAGUGUGAUUGUGGAGAAUGUAUCUUAUAUUUUGCAAAACAUUAUAACUGUAACAACUGAUGAUGACGAAAGAGCAUAAUUUAUUAAUACAAUUCUAUCAUCCAGUUUGAAAUAUGAUUCAAUAGUAUUAAGAAUUUUAAUCUUUAGUUCAUUAGCAAGUCAAGUUCAUUGGUCAAGAUUCUGAUAAUCAUACUUGAGUACAUAUAGAGGGAUAUUUAAACAGGACAAAAUAAAAUAUUUUAAAAUUAUUCACUAAUCUAAAAUGUUUCCAAUUAUCUGACAGACUUGCUUAAUUUAGAUUUAAAUUUAAGUAAUCUCUCCAUAAAAUUUAGCUCCAUUUCUGACAUCCUAUGGGGUAAACUAGGAACCAUUAGGCUAAUUCAAAUUACAAUUGAUCUAAUUAUACUUGAAGGCAUUAAAAAUGAAUGACCCAUAAAUUAUUCCUUACUUUUAGCAUUAAAAUGUAUGUUAUUCAAUGAUGCAACUGAUUCUUAAACACGAAUUCAAUAAUGCUAUUUAGAAUCUCUUCGUAGAGGUGAUCGAAUUAGUUAUGAAGAAUGAUUCAUACGUUGAAAUUCAAGAGGCUUACAAAGCAGGCAAUCUCAUGGGAUUUUUUACUUACCUUAACUAAUAAGAGAAAUAUCAAGUAGGAACAAUAAAAAAAUAAAUCACUAAAGGAUUUUAAGGAAUGGCAAAUAAACUUUCAUUCCUCUUGUACGAAGAUUUCUAAGAUGAAAGUUGGACUGCUUAUCUAGAAAAACACUAAUAGAUUUUUUUGAACGAAAAUUAAUAUUUACUUGGGUAAAAUCCAAAUUACAUUGCGAAUGAGGAAUAAGUAGAAGCCUUGAUGUAAUCAAUCUAACUUACUAAAAGCAGCAAUAUUUUAAAUUAGCCUUAAGAGAUGGAAUAAAACUAAAAUUAAAAUUAAUAAUAACAGUAACAAUAACAACAACUAUAACAAUAAUAAUAAUAACAACAACAACAACAACAAUAAUAACUGUAACAAUAGCAACAACCAUAACAAUAACAACAACAACAACCAUAGUAAUAAUAACAACAACCAUAAUAAUAAUAAUAAUUAAUUUUACAACAAACACCUUAAAUCUAAGAAUAAGAAUAUGUUUAACAACAGAUCAUUAUUCCGUUACAGGAAAUGAAAGUCUAAGAACCUAAAACAGAAACAAUUGGAUCGUAGGAUAGUUUUAAAAUAUCAUCGAGCUAAAAAUUUGGUGAGAUUGAUAAUUUCAUUUAAGAUUAAGAAGAAAUUUAAAAUUAAAAUGAUUAAAUGAAUCAAUUCAGUUAACUUGAGGAUUAACCCCGCAUAAUAAGUGCAAGUAAUCUAAAUCAUAUUUUUUAGAAAUACAGGAAGUUCUAACAAGUAAUGAAUACGUAAAUCCGGAUAUAGCAGAUUCAGUAAUUUUUGCAAUCAAAAAGUAAACUAGAAGUGAAGGAAAUAGCAAAAGUGGAGAACUGAAAAUAGAUCCACUUGAUAAUAGAAGAAGAAGAUAAACAAUCUCGUAUAGUGGACCAAAACCAAAAUCCCCAAAAUUCCCAAAAAGAAACUCAAUGGAUAAAAAAAAUCAGAUUUUCUGUCCUCUUUAACAAAUCUAAAGUGGGAAUAAAAAUAAGUGAAUUUUAUCAUUUAAUACACAUAAUAUCAAAC